AUGUCUGUCCUUGGAGAUUCUGAUGAUGAAGGUGGUUUUCCUACAGAUUCUGAUGAGGAUGAUAUGCCUGUUGAGGAUUUCCCUGUUGAUAUUAAGGAGAAUGGAAAGGCUGCCAAACCUGAUGCUUCUGCAGCUAAGAAGGUGAAGGUUGUUGACCCCAAGGCUGAUGAUGAGGAUGAUUCUGAGUCUGACGAAGAUGAGGAUAUGGAGGGGAGUGAUAGUGAUGAUGGCGAGAGAUCUGAUGAAGAAGAAGAGCCAACUACUACUCCUAAGGGAAAGAAGAGACCUGCUGAAGGUGCUAACAAGAAGUCCACCCCUGGUGACAAAAAGGCUAAAGUAAAGACUCCUCAGAAGUCGGGUGCUGAUGGCAAGAAAGGUGGUGUUGUUCAUCAAGGUACUCCUUACCCCAAGGGAGGAAAGACCCCUACAAGUGGAGGCAACAACAAGUCGAACAAAUCUCCAAAAUCUACUAGGGCAUUCGGUACUGACUCUGCUCUCCAGGCACACUCAAAGGCUAAACACGGCAAGUGAUUCAAAGUAGACACAAAUGCUAAAGUUUUGUAGUCGUGAUUUGAGAGGUGGAUAAGUACA